AACCAGGAACAUGUCCGUGCCGUCCGACAGCAGCUGCAGUCUGACUCACAGGAAGGUGAACCAACAGAGCCCAGGCAGCAGUUCUAUACAGACAUGUCCUGUCCAGUGUGUCUACAGCAGGCCGUGCUGCCCGUUGAAACCAACUGUGGACAUCUCUUCUGUGGUUCUUGUAUAAUUGCAUAUUGGCGAUAUGGGACAUGGCUUGGUGCUAUCAACUGUCCCAUCUGCAGACAAAUGGUGACCCUGCUGUUCCUCUUCCAUGAGCAUGCCGCCCCUCAGCAGGUACAGGAUGGAACAGUUGAUCCGCUCCUCAUCCUCCGGGAUCUCGGCGACUACAACCGCAGGUUCUCCGGACAACCCAGAUCGCUGAUGGACCGGCUGCGUGACGUGCCCACGUUGCUGCGCCACCUCUUCAGGGAGAUGUUCUCCGUAGGGGGCCUGUUCUGGAUGUUCCGGAUCCGUGUCCUGCUGUGUCUGAUCGGGGCUCUGACCUACCUGAUCUCCCCUCUGGACUUCAUCCCCGAGGCUCUGUUCGGCCUGCUAGGCUUCCUGGACGACUUCUUCAUCAUCCUGCUUCUGUUCAUCUAUAUCUCUAUCAUGUAUAGAGAGGUGGUGACCCAGAGACUGGCAGCGUGAUGGAGAGAGGUGGUGACCCAGAGACUGGCAGCGUGAUGGAGAGAGGUGGUGACCCAGAGACUGGCAGCGUGAUGGAGAGAGGUGGUGGACCCAGAGACUGGCAGGGUGAUGGAGAGAGGUGGUGACCCAGAGACUGGCAGCGUGAUUGAGAGAGGUGGUGACCCAGAGACUGGCAGGGUGAUUGAGAGAGGUGGUGACCCAGAGACUGGCAGCGUGAUGGAGAGAGGUGGUGACCCAGAGACUGGCAGCGUGAUGGAGAGAGGUGGUGACCCAGAGACUGGCAGCGUGAUGGAGAGAGGUGGUGACCCAGAGACUGGCAGGGUGAUGGAGAGAGGUGGUGACCCAGAGACUGGCAGGGUGAUGGAGAGAGGUGGUGACCCAGAGACUGGCAGCGUGAUGGAGAGAGGUGGUGACCCAGAGACUGGCAGCGUGAUGGAGAGAGGUGGCCCGUGACCCAGAGACUGGCAGCGUGAUGACACCCGUUCAGUUCGGCUGCGGGGAAAUUUGAUUGUGAUGCAGGACCCAGGAGGACAAUCUAUGCCAUGAUAGUUACUGAUCAUUCAGGUCAAAGGUCACUUAGCUUCAGGUCAAAGACACAGGGAGAGUGCUCUGUUGCUCUGGACUGGAGUUCCAUCAUGCAGAAGUGUGGGGACUAGUUAACGGGUCUGUUGGCAAAAUGUUUGUUAUUGGCAGGUUGUUAUUUCAUCAGUUGACGUAAUCCUAUUGAAUAUGCUAAUCUAAAAUGUGUGUGUGUGUGAGAGUGAGACGGGGCUGGGACAAUAAACUGAUAAUUACUGA